ACAAGUCUGUACUUGUUUCAACGUAUAACAUGUUGCACAGCAUUUCGCAAGCACAACCAGGGGCGUAGCGAGAGUUGGCGAGGCACCUACAGUUGCAAUUGGGCUGAGUGAACAUUUUUCUCGUGCAUCAAUUUUAAUUUUGAAUCAAGCAUGACAGUUAUUUGUUAAGUAGGUACGACCCAGCAAUGGCCAGACAACAACGCGAGGUGUGACCGAAUCAACGACGCUCGGAAACAUUAACGAGUAAGCGGAUCUUUGUCCCUUAUAUGACACGAGAAAAGUUAUCUCAACCGUACGAGGGAAUGUAAGCCCUUAAAAUAGCGUUAGAAAAAAAAUUUCGCAACAUCGCGCAACGAUCGACCCAGCGCAUCCGUCCCAAAGCUAUUCCGAGUGCUCCAUCGUCGGCCUCAAAGCCAUCGUCAAAGCACAGAAAAUUCAGGUAAAAAAAUCGCCAAGCAAAGGGUAUCCCGGUCGAGCUAAAAAGUCAAGGUCAUAGGCGGACGAUUGCACCAUAACGAGGCAAAGUUUCGCGAGUAUGAGUCACCCCGGAGUCCAAGGUAUAAGCCAGCGCCGCCCGGCGUUCGGCUCAGUCAACUCCGCAGGCGCGAGCAGUUCGCAAAACAACUUUCCCAUCGCCGAUCGCGUCUGUGUGCGUGCAGUGCUUCUCUUCUCUCUUUCCUGAUGCUCUGACGGCCGUUCGCUCGCUCACCUACUCUAUACUUCGUCACGCGCUACAGUGAACGCAGUCUACAGUUUGCGCGGCAUUGUGUACUCGCGACUUGACAGCUCCAGACGUGUGUGUGUGACGAUGAAGCUCCUGAUCGACGAGCUGCGCCGUGCGGGCAUGCCCCAUCACCAGAAGCCCAAGGCCAGCCACAAGAUCCUGAAUAAGAUGGCCAAGCUCGAGAGGAGGUUGUUGAAGAAGUACAACGAGCAGCGGGACCAGCAGUGGUACAGCAGCGGCUCCUCGUCCUCGAGCGGCGAGGAGGUCCGUCAUCGGUCUCGCCGAGGAACUCGUUCGCGUUCUCGCUCCCGCGGCAAGCGCCACGCUCACCAUCACCACAAGCGCGGUAAGCGAAGCAGCGGUGAGAGCAGCGACAGUUCCAGCUCGUCGAGCAGCUCGAGCUCGAGGUCCCCGUCGCCUCCUGCCCCGAGACAGCAGCGUCAUCCCCGUCAUCAUCGCCACCACGGACCGGCCCAUCAUCGCGGCCAUCUGGGACGUCAUCGCCGUCAUCACGAGAGAGGAAUGCCGGGAUGGUUCUCCUUGGUGAGUCAUCGGAGGGAAGAGGCAGCGCCCAACGGCUGCUGCAACGGAGAGGCCCAGCCGCCGGAGCUGGUGGACUUGUCGGCCAACGGCGAGGAGGAUCCAGUGGCCGGAGCGAGGAACCUCGAGGAAGUGGAGCAGGAGGGGAACGGACAGGAGUCGCCGGAGCGGGGAGCCGAGAUUGACGAGGACCUGGCGAAAAACUGGACGGAGAUCGUCGAGAAGGGCCUGCCGGACGACAGGAGAACAAGCUUGAUAAGGAAGUACCCGGUGAGCGUGAACUGCUUGCCACUGCUGGCGCCGAAACUCAACGAGCAAGUCUUGGCCGUCGCGCCGGAGUCGGCCGUGGAAAGAGACAGCGCGCGGAUGCAGGAGCAGAGCCAAAUCGCCGCGGGAUUGGCGGCCUUGGGACAGGCGAUCUUCGAUUUGGAAUACAAGAUGAAGAACGACAGAGAUCUCGACCGAGAUCUCGUCAAGGUUUACGAUACCCUCAAGGAAGCUGCCGACGUGAUCGUCGACGUUCACCACAGCGUGACGCAGACGAGGCAGGCGCUCAUCGCCUCGGAACUGAACAGGAAAAUCCGAGCCCACGUGGAAAAUUGCAAGCCCGACAGCUUGCUCUUCGGCAAGGACUUUGGAGACAAGGUGAAGAACGUCAAGGGCUUCAGCAGGAAAGCUCGCAAGGCUCAGCGGCCGGAUAAGAGGAGAUCGAAACGCGUCGAGGGCCAGGGAUGCGCAGGCUGCAGCCGUGGACCGGAGCAGCAGCGAGGAGCUUGAUUUAUAAGGUUCACCGAAUACCUAUAUACCAUAAGCGUUUUAUAUAGUAUUAGUGGGAUCCAGGAGAAAUGCUAAGUCGAAGGAAUACACUGUAGUAUUAGUACCUAAGAGAAAGCGGUAGUAAUAGCUUUUUAUACUGCAUAUGACAGCGUUUUUUACUAUUAUAUUGUAUUUAUAUUAAUGGCAAAUAAAAAGUGUUAAAAAAAACAAUAAAAAUAAAAAAUA